ACCCUCUCUCCCCUCUACUGCUGCCACUCUUCUCCACGCCUCCCGUCCCGUGGCCGUUGUUCAGAGGCCACUUCCCCACGAAGCCACGACCACGACCCCAGGCUCCUCGCCGCCGCAGCUUGCAAACCCUAACCGAGCUCGCGGGGCGCCGCGCGAGCGGGAGCAUCCAUGGAAGGCGGCCGCAAAAGGGGCACGGCCGACGGCGCCAAUGGGGCCUCCGCCGGCGGGAAGCGUGCGCGAGAAUCGGAGUCAUUUCAAACUGGUGUAGGAAGCAAAACGAAGCCAUGCACCAAAUUUUUCAGUACUUCUGGUUGCCCCUUUGGCGAGGGCUGCCAUUUUCUCCAUUGCUUCCCUGGUGGCUACCAGGCAGUUUCAAAGAUGACCAACCUAGGCGGCCCAGCAGUUGCACCUCCUGGAAGAAUGAUGAUGGGUGGGCCACCUACGCCCACUGUGAAGACUCGAUUGUGCAACAAGUACAACACUGCAGAGGGAUGCAAAUGGGGGGGCAAAUGCCACUUUGCACACGGUGAAAGGGAGCUUGGCAAGCCUAUGUUGAUGGACAGCUCUAUGCACUCCCCUGUGGGACCAAGGCCCACCGGUCACUUUGCACCUCCGCCUAUGGCUAACCCUGGCAUGGCCACUCCAGCAAGCUUUGGCGCUUCUGCCACAGCCAAGAUUAGUGUUGAUGCAUCCCUUGCUGGUGGCAUCAUCGGGAGGGGUGGAGUUAACACGAAGCAGAUAUCUCGAGUCACUGGGGCCAAGUUGGCCAUCCGGGACCAUGAAUCAGAUACCAGCUUGAAAAACAUCGAGCUUGAGGGCACCUUUGAUCAGAUCAAGCAUGCUAGCGCUAUGGUCAGGGAGCUGAUUGUCAACAUCAGUGGCAGUGCCCCUCCACUGGCCAAGAACCCACCUAGAGGACCACACCGCGGUGGAGGCACAGGAAGCAACUUCAAGACCAAGAUGUGUGAGAACUUCGCAAAAGGAUCGUGCACUUUUGGUGACAGGUGCCACUUUGCCCAUGUUGAAAAUGAGCUACGCAAGCCUGCUGCUGCUUGAGAUCCAUGCCGUUGUCCAUAUACUUCGUAGUGAUUAGUCAGUGUAACUCUUAACUUGGUCUCGGAUGACUUCUUUAGGCCUAUCUACUGAAUUCGUUUUCUGUUUUUCUUGGAUGUUCAGUUGUGAUAUGUCUAGGAGCCUGGUUCUAAUACCCUUCUACGUGCCAAGUGUUAGUGCUGCUAAUUUCCCUGUAUCUCUUUGUACCCUCGGUUCCGAUGGUUAAAUGUAAACGUUGCCAGGGUUCCUUUUGGUAA